AACGAAGGGCAUAUAAUCCAAUGACUUUUAAUUAUCUAACAUUAGAAGUCGCAUGUUCAUAUGAUGCUGCUAAUCCUAGAUAUACUGGUGUCACAAGAGCAAUUGAAUCUAAAGCAAUAAUCUCUAUCUGCGGCGAAUUGCAUAAG